GUCUGUGCACUCGCGCUGUGAGGCUACAGAGAGAGAGAAGCGCGCGCACGCUCCUUCAAACAAAGAGCCCCAUCAACAUCAUCCCCAGAACACCAGCAGAACUCACUCCUCUCCAUUUUCUACAAGGCCAAGGCGUCAUCCCGAGCGAGCACCAUGACUGCAAACGGAACCAGCGACAUGCUCAAGAUUCAAUUCGGUUUGAUCAACUGUGGGAACAAAUACCUCACAGCUGAAACGUUUGGCUUCAAGAUCAAUGCAUCAGCAACCAGUAUGAAGAAAAAACAGAUCUGGACCUUGGAGCAGAAUGGUGAUGACUCAAACAUGUUCUACCUGAAGAGUCAUCUAGGAAGGUACAUCGCCGCUGACAAAGACGGGAACGUCACGGGUGAAAGCGAGACACCAACCGAGGAUUGCCGGUUUGCAAUCACUGCCCAUGAUGAUGGGCGCUGGUCUCUGCAGUCUGAGCCGCACAAGCGGUACCUGGGUGGCACCGAAGACAGAAUCACAUGCUUCGCCCAGACCAUCUCUAUCGCAGAGAAAUGGAGCGUGCAUAUCGCCAUGCACCCCCAGGUGAACAUCUUCAGCGUCACCAGGAAAAGAUACGCGCACCUCAGCUCACAGCAGAACGAGAUCGCCAUUGACAGGGAUGUCCCAUGGGGCGUCGAUUCUCUCAUCACCUUGGUCUUCCAGGACCAGAGGUACCACCUACAGACCUCCGACAACCGCUUCCUGAAGAAUGAUGGAAGCCUCUCCCAAAAGCCUGACAAGACCACUGGAUACACUCUGGAAUUCAGGUCUGGGAAGGUCGCGUUCAGAGACUGCACCGGGAAGUACCUGGCUCCCUCUGGUCCCAGUGGAACCAUGAAGUCCGGCAAGAGCUCCAAGGUGGGGAAGGAUGAGCUUUUUGUUCUGGAGCAAAGCCACCCUCAAGUUGUGCUCACCGCUGGCAACGACAGGAAUGUGUCCACCAGACAAGGCAUGGACCUCUCUGCCAACCAGGAUGAAGAGGGCGACCAGGAGACUUUCCAGAUGGAAAUCAGUAAGGACACAAAGAAGUGUGCCUUCAGGACCUGCACUGGGAAAUACUGGACUCUCACAGCUAAUGGUGGCCUCCAGUGCACUGCAUCUACUAAAUCUGCUAACUGCUACUUUGACAUUGAAUGGCAUGGGAAGAAGAUUACUCUCCGCGCCACCAAUGGGAAAUAUGUGGCCGCCAAAAAGAAUGGACAGCUCGCUGCCACUAUUGACUCGGCAGGUGAGACUGAGGAGUUCCUGAUGAAACUCAUCAAUAGGCCUCUCAUUGUGCUGAGAGGAGAACAUGGCUUCAUUGGCUGCAGGAAGGUGACUGGCACCUUGGACUCCAACCGCUCCUCAUAUGAUGUCUUUGGACUGGAGUUUCGAGAUGGAGCAUACAGCCUUCAAGACUCCACAGGGAAAUACUGGAUGGUGGGUAGUGAAUCGAAUGUGCUCAGCAGUAGCGACGCCCCUGUGGACUUCUUCCUCGAGUUCUGCGACUACAACAAAGUAGCCAUCAAGUCGAGUGAAGGGAAGUAUCUAAAGGGAGAUCAUGCAGGUGUUCUGAAGGCCAAUACCGAUGAGCUCGAUGGCUCCACUAUGUGGGAGUACUAAAAGCACUUAACCACUGUGGCUUUUUCUUUGCAGUUUCAUUUUCCUUUCUGUUACACAUUUUUAAUUUUGAAUAUGAGUGAGCAAAAGGGCAAGUGGCAGAGAGGAACAUUAAGGUGGAGGGUUUUACUUCUAGUCCCGUAUAUUCUCCAUUCUGUCUAUAUAAUUCCGCAGUCGAGUGCCAUGACGUUACUGCAGUGUUGUGCAAUUUUCAUUGCUGAUGACAAGUGGCCAAAACUGGGACUUAACUGGCAUCCAAUUUUGUGUUGUGUGGUUAAAAGCAUGUCUCAUUUCAUCUCUAAAUCUGUCAAAGUAUUUCCCUGGCAUUCAAAUGAGUCCACUCUUUGGAAGAGUGAGUAGGCGAUCGGUCAUUUGCUUGACACCACACAUAGAGCCACAGGAUUGUUUUUAAAGUAUGAGUUUGAUGUACUGAAGUGUACUGCGAUCACCCUCCCUUGUCUUUGCACAGUCCAGUAUGAGCCUCACUCUUGUUAAUAUUAACACAUAGCAAAAUAUGUAAAAGAAAACCUUGUGUGACUGUUUGCCAAUGAUGAUGUAAUGCCUCCCCCUGCUCUGUCAUUUAUUGCCAGUUAUAAACGUCCUAAUGAGCAGAGGACAAUGGCAAAAUUUUACAGGUAAAUGUAUGAAUGUUGAUAUUUUUUGAGUUCUGAAGGAAGUUCUCGGACCACUGAAAUGGUGACAAGAGCUUCACUUUUUUGUUGUUGUUGUUUUUGUUUUGUUUAUUUGUAUUUGAAGUAUGGCAGUGCUCUGAUGUGUAAUCCAGUAUGUACUGCUUCUAUCUGUGCCAUUAGACUUCAUUUUAAUGCUUAUAAAAAGGGGAAAAGAGAACUGGAUUGGUACAGCACUGUACAGUCCCUCAUCUCAAAAUUAGGGUUACAACACCUGGAAUUGUAAAAGGGGAAAAAAAGAAAUAUAGAUUUUAAAACGGAAAUCGUUUUCUGCAACUGGAAGUGAUGUCAUCGUUACAUUGUGUGUUGGUAAGGUGUGAUGUUACCGAGAUGAGGCAUGUUGUUGCAGGUUCAACACGAUAUUUAUAGUAAAUGUAACCACUUUCCUCUUAAUCCCAAUAAAUCCCAAUGGAAUAAGGGUAUUUGUUGACAGGACUCAUGUAAUGGUCUUAUCUGGAAAAGUUUUUUGUUUUAAUAAGGCAUAAACAUGAUCAUAAACCGUAUUCCAUUCUACACAUCUUAGUACAUUAGCCUCUUGUAAUAUCUGAAAAUGAAUGAAAAACCAAAAUUAAGGCAUGUAUAAAAAUGCAUUGUUUUUGUUUUUUGUCCAACAAGCAGCAGAUAAUAGAUCAUUUAACAGAACUGGACAGAAAGCCAUAAGUUUGGCUCACCAAAAUGUGAGUGCUCUAUGUUUAGAGAAUUACUGACUGCUUAAACCUGAGCUUAAUCUUCAGCUGUGCAUCAAAUUAACAGUGUCACUUAGAACAUAUCUGUUCUUAUGAAUGGUGUAUCCUGCAGUCUGAAUAUCAUCUUGCUUAAUGUACAAGUAAUUGUAUUCACACUCAUGAUAAUGAUCUCCAUUACUAAGGGAAUGACAAUGACUGUGACUUAGAAGACCAUUAUAAGAAGAAGAAAAAGAAAAAAAUGACAUUCCACAUCGAUACUUUGUAAAACUUUACAAAUUUCUUUUUUUUUAUAUAUUGUUUUGAUAUGGUUAUUUUUCCUCAUGUACCAUGGGUACAAAUGAAAUCAGAAAAUAAAUACAGUUUGUAUAUGAAA